UUACAGAGCUGAAGCAUGUAAAGCUGAACAGCAACAAGAACGUCUCUGUUUGCGUUUCCUGCUCUUUAUCAUGAAGCUUCUCCUCUUCCUCACUGUGUGUGUGUGUGUAGCUCUGACUCGGGCCGUUAGUGAUUAUGAUGAUCCUGAUGAUGCAGAAGUAAAAACAACCCAGUCCACAGGUGUAUACAAAGAUCCUCGAGGUCACAGACCUCUAAACCGAGGACGUGAAGUUUACACCCCUGUUGUUGCCCCACCACCUGUUAGUGGACGAGGACGUUACGGACCGAGACCCUCUACGACAACAGAAACAAAGCCUGAGGAGGAGAAGAAGGAAAUUCCCGACAGUGGAGGAUGUAUUCAUGCUUCAGAGACAAUGGGUGUCCUCUGUCCUACGGGCUGUGAACUGAAAACAGCUUUACUGAAGCAGGAGCAGGACGUUAGACCCACGGUGGCUCUGCUGAAGAGAGACGUAGAGAUCCUGUCACAGACAUCCAACACUGUGUACAGAUACGUGGAGGAUCUGAGCACAGAGAUCACAGAGAGACAAAGGAUCAACAAUGGUAAUGGCGAUUUGGUUAGUCGCUACACAGAUGACCUUGAGGUCCAGCAUGCAUAUGUGAAAGAAACAGUGGAUGUCACAUUUCCACAGAACAUUAAAAUCCUUCAGGCAGUUCUGGAGAAACUGCGGGACAAGAUCCAGCGUAUGGAGAAAGCUGUCACUGAUCAGAAGUUGAAGUGUGCUGAGCCGUGUGUGGUGUCCUGCCCCAUCCCGGUGGUCUCUGGAAAAGACUGCGAGGAUGUUUACAGGAAUGGAGGAGAAACUUCUGAGAUGUACUUCAUACGCCCAGAAGCCUCACACACACCAUACAAGGUCUACUGUGAUCAGACAACCCAGAACGGAGGCUGGCUGCUCAUACAGAACCGCCUGGACGGGAGCGUGGACUUCGGCCGGCGAUGGGAUGAUUACAAGAGAGGUUUUGGAAACGUUGCUUUUGAUGUUGGGAAAGGUUACUGCGAAACUCCUGGUGAGUACUGGCUCGGUAAUGACCGCAUCAGUCAGAUCACUAAGACAGGCCCGACUGAGGUUCUGAUCGAGAUGCAGGACUGGACAGGCACCAAGACCUACGCUCAGUACCAGCAGUUCACUGUACAAGGCGAGGCCUCGAACUACAUGGUGGCCGUGGACAAAUACUCCGGAACAGCAGGAAACACCUUCAUCACCGGGGCAACAGAGCUGUUUGGUGUUAAUCGCACCAUGACCAUCCACAAUGGCAUGAUGUUCAGCACCUACGACAGAGACAAUGAUCGCUGGGUACCUGGUGACCCGUCCAAGCAGUGUUCAAAAGAAGAUGGUGGUGGGUGGUGGUACAACGCCUGUCAUUCAGCUAAUCCUAACGGCCGAUACUACUGGGGUGGAGCUUACACAAAGAACAUGGCCAAGCAUGGAACAGAUGACGGCAUCGUGUGGAUGAACUGGAAGGGCUCGUGGUACUCACUCAAGGCCAUCAGCAUGAAGAUUAGACCAUUUUUUGCUUUAAAAUAACACACACAUACACACGCUUUACUCUCGUUGUAAUCUUAUUCAGCAAAUUCUAUUCUGGAAAUAAAAUAGAAUAUGAAUAUGAUUGAAAAAACUUUAUCAGUGAAAUAUGAACUGCAUCCUGUAAGUAAAGUUAUGUUUAAAAUAAAACAUAUUCUAUGUGAACUUC